AUGUCGCUCGAAAAGUUCGUUCAAGAACAUGAUUUCGACUUUUCACUGAAAACGGUCGAUGAGGAACAAAAAGAGCUCAUUCUAAGACGUUGUUUGGAUGUUCUGAAGUCAGGUGAAGGGACGGAACUCGUGAAAUGUCUCAGUUGCCUGCGGAUUCUUUCUCGCGAUGAGCGUUGUCUCGACCAGCUCACGGAUGAAAAUCUUAUUGACCGAUUAUUAUCACACGCUUUUCCAUCUGGGGAAAUCGUGGACGAACUGCAGGCUGUGGAAGCGCUCAAGGCCCUCAGCAACUUACUGUUCAAGCGACCCUCGAUCCUCAGCCACUUUAAGUCUGCAGAUGUUAUUCAGAAACUUGUUAGUCGGUUAAAAGCGCAUACGGAGACGGCGUCCCGUAGUGACCUUCUUCAGUUGGAUUUGAAGCUGUUGUUCCUUCUCUCUGGAUUAGACCCCACGGUUCGACAAGAGUUGGUUGAUCGUAAUGAUGUGUUCAGUCUACUUGCGGAUCUUCUGUACACCUUUCAGCCCGUUCCGCUCUCGACCAAAGAUUAUCAGUUAAUUUCAGAUAUCUUCAAGGUGGCUUAUAAUAUUGGAUAUUCCGUCCAGCGCAGUCCCAUCAAUCUGCAGGUGAGCGCUCCCUGUUACGUACCACAGCCUGGGUUAGAAGAAACUUUGUGUCCCGUGUUGAACGCCUUGACCAGGGCUGCUCAAGGCAAUCGUGACAUCCGGAAGUAUUGUCGCGCAAAGGUCCUUCCUCACCUCCGCGCUGAAGUACGCAAUUUACCCGAAGAAGGGGCGACGAUGCGGAAUCGCCUAUGCAAACUGCUUACGAACCCGUCACAUGGGGUCAGUGAACUGGUCGCCUUAUUCCUGUUCGUUCUUUGCAAAGAGGACAUUGGUCGUGCCGUGAAGUACACAGGCUUCGGAAACUUUGCCGGGUUUCUCGCACGUCAUGCACUUUUGGGCGGCGCAUCAAAGAAAAGUGCACGGUCGAAGACGGAGCGAAUCGCAACCGAAAACAGCGAGGGAGCCACUGCGGGUUUUGAGGAAGAUUCGGCUGAAGAAUAUUCCUCGGCUUCUAGCGAUUCGGAAACCGAAGAGUAUAAGCGUUUGAAGGACGAGGUUAAUCCCGUCACAGGAAGGUGGGAAGCUUCUAGAGCAGACCCCAUGGAGGGCAUGUCUGAGGAACAGAAGGAAUACUUUGCAAUGGAAUUGGUGAAUAAUAUUGAUAAAUUACAACGAGGUGGUGUCAUCCAACCUGGAAGAGUGGGAGAGGAUGGUCGUGUGAAACCCGUGUCACAUGUACUCGAACUGUUGGAGACAACGAAGACAGUUCAGAAAGAAGAUGAUUCCAACGAUUCCGAUUGAGUUGUUCAACGCUGUGUUUCUAGUCAACCUUUGGAUUGGCAUCCACACUUUAUGUGCUUUCCUGAUGCAUUUAAUCAUGUCUUUUCUUUCUGCUUCAAUUUGUCCUUUUGUCAUCUCUUCAUUUCACACAUGCCUCGGUUCUGUUCUCUACAUUUGUCUAUGUAAAUGAAACACUGUAGACCAGGUGAAUUUUCACAUCAUAAAUCUAACUGUUUUCUUUCGAAAUCGAUGUCAUUUGGCACCAGAAUGAUUCAAACUCAGGAUUUUAUCUUUGGGUUUUUAAAGCCGGGAAAUGCACGACAAUAAAGUACAUUGCGACGCGCUUGUUCCAAACACCAGUUCAGUUAAUCUCCACAAUAAUGGUACUCACAAGAAUCAAAGUUCCUUGUGUUUUUUUCUUCGCAAGCGCUCCCUCUGUUACUUGAAAUUCAUUCCAAACGUCUGCACAUCGCGUAAAAUUCAUCCCAACAACCUGUUGUUUUUUCUGUCAGAGUGUAGCACACUUGAAGUUAGCCAAAACCAUGGUUUCUUG